AUGGAGAAUAGAAGAAGAAUAAUAGGAUGUCAGUGUGCUCAGCAGCAAAAAAAGAAAGAUCAGUGUAAAAGAAAGAGACAAACAUUUGUAUACAAUCCGGAGGAGGAAAUGUGGCAUGAACCGUAUUUAAGGGAUUUGCGGAAGGAAUUUUCCGAUGUGUCUAUAUUGUGCGAUUCGAAGAUCGAAUUGCCGUGGAAGGAUAUUGCAUUACCAUCAGCUGGCAUGAAAAUUCGUCAAGAAGUAUCGUUGACUCCUUUGAAAAAUCGCGAUGAAAAUGGUGAAGAGGACGCUGAGAAAGAACCAGCGGAAACAGAAUCCCUGGGCACUAUGCUUCUACCGUGGAAAGAUUUAAUCAUCACGGAAACAGUAGCGUCGAAAGAUCUUCAUCCUGACAGUUGCGAUUCGACAUUAGAAAUUCCAUGGAAUGAUCUUACACUCGAGAAACCUGUGGAAAUACGACCAGUGCAGGAGGAGGCUUGUGUUACUGACGAUGUUGAAAUCCCAUGGGACGAUAUUUUAAUACCGCGAAAUAUAGUGAUCGAGUCGCAAAAAAAGAAGCAUCCAUCUUCCAAGUAUCCACCUCGUUCGUUACGAGGCAAGGGUGCUAAAUGCUGUUGCGUUAGUGUUGGAUGCAGGACGAAAUUUACAGCAGCUUGUAAAUAA